UUUACAGAUCUGUUUUUGUAGCAGGCCAACUACAAAAAGAAAGUAUAAAAAAAUCAAAAAAGAGAAAUUGCUUAUAUUUUUGGACUACGUAUACUAUACAAACUUACUGCACAUUUGUGAAGAAGCAAUGAAGCAUAUACUGAUAAAGCGGUAAAAGUUUGAAGCUGGAUUUUGUGUUCGAAAUGCUAAAACAAUUGGGCCGGAAACUAAGAUUGUAGCAAAAGAUUGCUACUUUUUAUUAUGCUUUCGUUAAAUUCUAUAGAUGCCUAUAGACAGAUUUGCACUAAUUUGUUUCUUAUAAUUUAUUCAUUGACACUGUUAUUUUUGCCAUGUUUGACUUUUAACGUCAAAAAUCAUGUUCUGAACAAACAGAACCAUGUUGGGGCACUUAUGACCAAUACCUGGUCUGUUAAAAUUAGUCACACAAACCAUAAGGACUUGGAAGAAGUGAAUAAAAAGGCUGAAGCCAUUGCAAAAUCUCUCGGAAUGAAAAAUUUAGGACAAGUUGGGGAAUUAGUUGGACAUUAUGUGUUUACUUCUCACGAUUAUAGCAACGCAGAUAAUGCACUUCAUGAUCACAGUGAAAUAGAAUGGCAUGCACAACAGGAGAUUUUACUACGAGAUAAACGAUUCCCAAUACCUACAAAAACUCGUAAUGAAAGAAGCACUGGACAGGCUACAUACCCUGACUUCAGGGAUCCACUGUAUAAAGACCAAUGGCAUCUACAUAAUAAGCAAGGCGGACAAGACUGUAAUGUGACUGGUGUAUGGGCAAAUAACAUUACAGGGAGGGGUGUUGUUGUUGCUGUUGUUGAUGAUGGUGUACAAUGGACACAUCCUGACUUAAAGGAUAACUACUGCCCAGAGGGGAGUUUUGAUUUAAACUCAGAUGAUGAUGACCCAAGUCCUGAACCAGAUAAAGACGACGAGAAUAAACAUGGGACGCGAUGUGCCGGGGAAAUUGCCGCAGUUGUUAAUGAUGUUUGUGGUGUCGGUAUCGCAUACCAAGCGAGGUUUAGUGGGAUUAGAAUAUUGGACGGACCAAUGACGGAUUCUAUUGAAGCAACUGCGUUUAAUAAGCAUAUGGAUGUAAAUGAUGUGUAUAGUUGUUCAUGGGGACCCGAAGAUGACGGAAAAACUGUGGAUGGGCCAAGAUCUUUGGCUCAAAUUGCAUUAAAACAUGGAGUUCUUGCGGGGAGGGAAGGCUUUGGGUCUAUCUUUGUUGUUGCAAGUGGUAAUGGCGCAAGUAAAGGCGAUAAUUGUAACUAUGAUGGUUAUGCUAACUCAAUAUAUACAAUAACAAUUGCAGCGGUGGAUGAGUUUGGUUAUACGCCAUCAUAUGCUGAAGAAUGUACUUCUAUGUUGGCUAGUACAGUUAGCAGUGGAAAUGGAAGAAGUAGGAGUAUAUGUACAACAGAUUGGACUAUGGGACAUAACUCAAAGGAUAGAUGCACUUAUGAACAUACUGGUACAUCGGCAGCCACACCUCUUGUAGCAGGCAUGGUGGCUUUAAUGCUUGAAGCAAGACCUUGUUUAAGCUGGCGGGACGUACAGCAUAUUUUCGCAAUGACCGCUAUUCCAUUGGAUAAGAACAAAAGCAAAUGGGAGAAAAAUUCUGCUGGUUAUACGCAUAGUAAUAACCAUGGGUUUGGGGUUCUUAGUUCAUGGAGAUUGGUAAAUGCUGCAAAAGUAUGGGAGCCAGUACCGUGGUUGACGUCAUUAAAGCCAACUUGUGAAGGUACUAACUUAGUUAUUCCCAUGGAUAGUUCAGCACCUUUGGUGGUUACUGCUACAAUAUUUAAAACAGAAAGCAAUGGACAUUUGUUGAGUACAUUGGAACAUAUUCUUAUCACGGUUACAAUAGACCAUCAUUCAAGAGGAAACUUGAGGUUUGUUUUUAUUUGCCCUAAUGGUACAAGGUCUAUGAUACCAACACGUCAAAAAGACACCUCAGAUGCUGGUUUAACAGACUGGACGUUCUCCACAGUAAAAUGUUGGGGCGAAAAACCGUUUGGGAAAUACCAACUUAAAAUUUUUGACACUAGCAAAACAAAGACGCUGAAAGUUAAAGCUGGCAAGUUACACAGCUGGAGCUUGACUUUAUAUGGGUCACAAAUGACACAUAGCGAAUUAAUGGACCGGCGUUCGUUAAUAACCCAAGCUAUGAGCGGUGAAUUUAUUUCUCCCGACUCAAAUUACACAGUUACGUGCCCACUUGGUCAACCUUUGAAUUUUGAUGUUACUGGCGCAAUUUCAGAAAGAACAAUUAAGCUCGUGGCAAUGCUUUCUUGCUUCUUUGUGUUCUGGGGGUUAUACUAUACAUUAGAGAUGGCAUUUUGCAACGCAGAGGAUAAAGAAAAGUCAGAAGAAAUUGUGGCAAAUGAAGAAACUAAUUAUAAUUCAACAGAAGUUACAGUAGCAUCUGAAAAUCCUGGGUUUGAAAACAAUGAAGAUAUUGCGAUGAUAGAAAUACCAAAAAGUGAUGAAACGUGACAACUAUGUUAGGCAUCAACCAAUAAUUAGUUAUCCACCGCUUGUAGCAAAUCUGGUUUAAAUUCACAAGCUUAUCCUAAUAAUGAAGCUUUUUAUCUAUUUUCCUACUGAAUACUUUCUUAUACAAUCUACCUAAAUCACUAGUUUUAUUAAGUACGUACUGCAAUUAAUUCUUAUUAUCAUAGUUUUAAUUAUGGCCAAUUAUAUAUAAAUCAUGUGUGUUUAAAUUUGCCAAAGUUUUUCUGAAUGGUAACAAAAAGCUUGGUACUAAAAUUGGUGUCAAUAUUUAAAUUCCUGUCAUUUUAGUUAUGUGCCUUUGACUUACAAUAGAUUCAUAAACAACUAUUACCUAUAGUAGUUCAUUUUCAUGGUGUUUAUUAUCCAUUUAGAACGGCAUUUUAUAUGUGCAAUAUACAGUCUAUAAUUUGCAAGUUGUUCUAUGUUUUGUGCAUGUUAAAAUGAAAGCAUCAAAUUCUAUUGCAGUUGCUUAACUGAUUUUUACUUGUUCUGUAAUUUUGUGAGUGAAACUUUUAUGGAGUGGGCACUUAUACAAGUUGUACUUCUAUAUGAAAAUGUUUACUUUGCCCCUAAGUUCGUGAAGCAAUAAAAGUCGCUGUUAAAAGGAU